GACGUGGAGCCCCUCCCCAGUGCCCUCCCCCCUCCCCUAAAAUGUUUGCCCGUUGAUAGUCGAUAGAAAAUUGAGGAUAUUGAUUGAUAUUGUCUUUUAGCUUCGUUGUAAAAGGGUGACGGUUACAUUAAGAGGUCCAAGAAAAUCAUUUGAAGCGCCGUGCAAGAAGAUCAUGAAGCUGCUAGUUAUCCUUGGGCUGUUGGCUCUUGGCACUUUGGUUUCAAGUGAUGGGAGUGCUGAAGAGCAGUUUAAGGUAGAAGAAGAGAAUGUUGCAAGGAUUUUGGCAUCCAAACUGAUUCAGAACAAGUACCUGGUCGAGGGUCUGGACGUGGUGGUGCGCUACUCGCUCUACAACGUGGGCACGGCGGCCGCGCUGCAGGUGCGCGUGCAGGACGCCGGCUUCGGGCCGUUCGACUUCAAGCCGGUGUCGGGCCUGGUGAACUUCCAGCUGGACCGGCUGGCGCCCGGCGCCAACGCCUCGCACACGGUGGUGUUGCGGCCGCUCAAGUACGGCUACUUCAACUUCACGGCCGCCCAGGUCUCCUACCUGGCCAGCGAGACGGCCACAGAGGAGACGGUCGGUUUCACCAGCGAGCCUGGCGAGGGCGGCAUCGUGGCGUUCCGCGACUACGACAAAAAGUUUUCACCGCACCUGCUGGACUGGGUGGUGUUUGCCGUGAUGACGCUGCCGUCGCUCGGCAUCCCGUUCAUGCUGUGGUACUCGUCCAAGUCCAAGUACGAUGCCGUGAUCCGCGAGAAGAGGGCCGAGUCGGGCAAGAAGCGCGAGUAGCUGCUGCCAUCUCUCGGUAGGUGCGAGAAGCUGAAGUGCCGUGUGUGCUCACCAGUGCCGUGGACAGGCAGGCAGUGCCUGGGGAGGUGAUGGGUGCGUUUUAGCCAGUGCUCCGCGCCGAUAGGUCAUUUGAUGGUCGGAUUUCGUUGGUGGGACGCGUUCCGUUCGGUCUCAUCUGUUGCUGUGACGUAGUCUGCCAGUGACGCUCAGUGGACGGUGAGAUGCAGUCAGCUUUUGUCUUGUUAGUCUCGGUACGAUAAUUCUUCCCACGAUUGUAUGAUUUAUGCAUUGCUGUGGUAAUUAUGCACGAGGAUGGUUACCUCAAUAUCUUGUGAUAUUCACACAGUACCCACUCAUUGUUUUUGUACCUGAUGACGGUAAAAUAAAUCAGUGACAAAUUA